AUGGACGCCUUCAAGCUGUUGACUCGUUCAACCAAGCUGAAAACGACGGCUGCAUCCAACCGUCUACCUUCUGCAGGGAAGGCGGCAAACCCGCAGCUUUUUCGAUCUGCACAGGAAGACCAUGACUCAAGAAAACGGAAAAGGGAUGAGGAUUAUGAGGAUGUAGGCCAGGAGUCCGAUAAUGACUUUGAUGCCACGCAGCUCGCACUCUUCGGUACCAAACCUACUGCAUCCGCCAAAGAUACAUCAUCAAAAGAGUCAAAAAAGUCGAAGAAAGCGAAAAGUAAGCAACGUUCUAGCACUGAGAUUGCUGGAGAUGAGUCGAACUCGGAUCGAGAAGAGCCAGUUACUGAGAUGGAAGAGUCGGAGCGGCGUUCAAUCAUGAAAACGCACAAGAUUAAGAUCUCUGACCUCCGAGACUUGGAGGAGAUCCAAGCUGGCAAAACAGGCGAGGACUCUGACAAGAAAAAGCAAAAAAAGAAGAAGAAAAGGAAAGAACCAGUUCUCAGCAAGAAGAAGCAAAAAGAGGCUCGGCGACUUUAUCCCGAGCCGUUGACUUCAUUUCAAGACUUGCACAAAAAAUACCGCAUCUCAAAGCGCCUGGCCGCGAAUAUUACCGAACAAGGUUUCUCUAUGCCAACUGAAGUGCAGAUGGGAAGCUUGCCUCUGCUAUUAGGAAACUCUUCGGCCUCAAAGGAGUCAUCAACUCCGAAGCAAGAUGUAGAUUUGCUCGUGGUGGCUCCGACAGGAAGUGGGAAAACACUUGCAUUUUUGAUUCCAUUGAUCAAUGACACUGUCCAGUACCAUCAUGACCAUCCGGGCCAGCGUGAGAUUCACUCCGUGGUUGUGGCACCUACGAAAGAGCUUGUGGGUCAGAUUGUCAAUGAAGGACGGAAACUGGCCGUUGGAACGGGAGUGAAGAUCACCGCAAUGAAGAAGGGUAUGCGGGUUGUGGACAGCAUCGGUGGUGAUGACGAGGAGGAGGACUUGCCUGACGAAGAAAAUUCAUCCAAUUCUGGGUCCGAAUCUGAAAGUGUUGACGAGAAAGAUGCGGCUUCAAAAUCGAAAGAUAAAACAGCCAAUACGACUGUAACGAAAAGUGAUAUUCUUGUCACAACUCCCCUUGCUCUCGUCAAUGCACUAUCUGGAAAAAAGAAAAAAGGUGUUUCGCCAAUGCCUUCAGUACAGCGUCUUGUUCUCGACGAGGCAGAUGUUCUGUUGGAUCCCUUGUUCCGCGAACAAACCUCAGGUGUCUGGAAUGCCUGCACCAACCCGCAACUUCGCAUAUCACUUUGGUCCGCUACAAUGGGUUCUAAUAUUGAAGAGCUUACCAAGACGACUAUCAAAGAGCGCCACGAGUCUCUGGCUGUUGAUGCUGUGUCGACAACACCUCUUCUUAGAGUCGUGAUAGGGCUCAAAGAUUCGGCUGUUCCGAACAUCAAACACAAACUUGUGUACGCCGCCACUGAGCAAGGAAAAUUACUUGGGUUGCGACAAUUGCUCCGACCCACCGCAGCGAUCGCUCCCAACGAAGCCCGGUUACGACCACCGUUUCUGGUUUUCACGCAGACAAUCCCGCGAGCGGUUGCAUUACAUUCGGAGUUGCUCUAUGACAUCCCUCCCGAAGCUGGCGGCUCGUCUCGUAUUGCCGUGCUUCACUCAGACUUAUCUGAAACACGUCGGUCUGAUAUUAUGAAAGGCUUCCGCAAAGGCGAGAUCUGGAUCAUCAUCACGACGGAUCUGUUGGCACGUGGUGUUGAUUUCCGUGGAAUCAACGGUGUUGUGAACUACGAUAUUCCUACUUCUAGCGCGGCAUACGUUCAUCGUGUUGGGCGAACUGGCAGAGCCGGUCGUGAAGGCGGUGUUGCGGUGACUUUCUAUACGAAAGAAGACAUACCCUAUGUGAAAAGCAUCGCCAAUCUCAUCCACACAAGUGAAAAAUUACAAGGCGGCACCGAUGAAAAAUCCGUCCAAAAAUGGCUCCUAGAUGCUCUUCCAGACCUGAGCAAGAAAGAUAAGCAAGAAUUGAAGAGACACGGAGUCAAGGCUCGAGCAGCAUCCGCCAAAUUGAGAUCUGAUGGCAAGGAAGUACGAAAGUCACGAAUUAGCACAAAGAGUGGCUAUGAUCGGAAAAUGGAGAACAAAAAGAAAAGCACUAUAUCUGCGAGCCUUAAGAGGUCACAGGUACCUGCGACUGCUGCACCGGAGAAUGGUGGCGACUGGGAGGGGAUUGAGGAGUAG